AUGCCUGGAUUCCUCCUUGUUCCUCCUUUACCCCAGUAUUGCCUUUGGUUUGUUGUUGUAGCAGCUGUCGAUGAAAUAGCGGGUCUGAUGUGCACUGAAAGUACAAGAUCAAUUGGCAUUCAGUGUCAGCGUGCACCAAUUGCUUUUUAUCAGUGCUGGAGACUUUCUGAGAAAAAAUUUCGUUUUCUCACAGGAGUGACACAGGACAAUUUUGAAGUGUUGUAUCAAUUCCUAGGAGGGGAUGAGAUGGCACAGAUUUUGAAAUACUAUUCUUACAAGAAAAAGACACCAACAAAGCCCAUAUCAUCUUUCCUGGAACCAAGGGAUAGAUUAUUUAUGACUCUAUUACGCCUGAGAAGAGGAGUGCCAAUUGUGGACUUAUCACAUUUGUUUGGCAUAGGCGUGGGUUCAGCCUGUGCGAUUUGUUACACCUGGACUAGAGUAAUGUCCCUGCAAUUUCAAAGAUUUCAGAGGGACCUAUUUGUUACAUGUGAAGUUCAGGACACUGAUCCUAAUCCUCUCUUUGAAAAAUUCCCUAAUCUGAGAGUUAUAGUGGAUGCAACUGAAUUCAAGAUUCAGCGCCCAUUCCAUUUCCAGAUGCAGAGCAACACCUAUUCUGAGUACAAAGGUGCCAACACCCUGAAGUACGUGAUAGGAAUCUCCCGCUCAGGUGCAAUAAGUUUUGUAUCAAAAGGAUACGAGGGAAGCUGCUCUGACAAACAUAUGAUACGGGAGUGUGGAUUUCUAGACUUACUCCAGGAAGAUGAUGGUGUGAUGGUAGACAGAGGUUUUGACAUUGAGCCAGAACUCAAUAAGAUUAAAUGCCACCUCUACAUGCCUCCAUUUAAAGGAAAGCGUAAACAUGUCACUGCCCGAGAAGAAAUGAAAUCAAAGGCAAUCACAAGUGUACGAGCAUUUGUUGAGAUAGCAAACUCAAGGAUAAGAGACUUUCGACUAAUACGUGGAGUGAUUCCAAUGAAACUCUUGCCAGUAAUGGAUGAUCUUGUACUCAUUGCUUGCAUGCUAACUAACAUGGGUGAAGUUUAUGUACCACAAAAGGACAACAACAACAAUAAUAGCAAUGCAGAUGAAGAAUUUUAA